AAAAUUUAAUGGCAGCCCUGCUCAUCUUUCGUCAACGAUCAGCGGCCGGCAAGAAGUGAAACAUUUUUUUUGCGGUUCAGCUGGUUCUUGUUAAUUCGCGUUAAUUCUGUUUGAAAAUUGUUUCGAUGACUAUAAUUGCAACUUAAAAGUAAAAACCUUAAGAAUUCUUUCUUCAAAAUGUCAACCAUUUCAAAGUUGGAAAUCCGAGGAAUCCGAAGCUUCGGCGUCGAAAGCGGAGAUGUUCAGAAAAUCAAGUUCCAAUCCCCCCUGACAUUGAUUGUUGGCCAGAAUGGUUGUGGCAAAACCACUAUCAUCGAGUGCUUGAAAUAUGGUCUAACCGGCGAAGUUCCGCCUGGCACUGACCGUGGCAAGGCAUUCGUUCAUGAUCCGAAGAUUUUCAGCACCGUUGAAAGCAUGGGUCAGGUCAAGCUAAUGGUAACGGAUUUCACCGGAAAUCGUGUCACGGCGACGCGGUCGAUGAAGGUUUCCCAGAAAGGCCGGGGCCAACAACCCAAGUUUGAAACGCUUGAUUCAGUUGUUACGAUGGAGAAUGUUGCCACCGGUGAAAAGACCACUCUUUCCCGGCCUCGAGCUGCAGAUAUCAAUAACGAGAUGUGCGACGCCAUGGGAGUAUCGAAAGCUAUCAUUAACAACGUCAUUUUCUGUCACCAAGAAGACUCGAAUUGGCCCCUGGAGGAACCGAAAGAAUUGAAGAAAAAGUUCGAUGCCAUCUUCGGGACGACAGAAUACAACAGAGUGAUCGAGAAGCUAAUCAAGAUAUCCAAGGAAUACAAUGAUCGACAAAAGGAGAAAGCAGGAGACUUGAAGCUACUGGAAAAUAUAAAAAGCCAGGCGGAGGUGAAACACCUUCAGCUCCAGAAGGUUGACAAAAGCAGGCAGGACAAACUCGCUGUAGUGGAUAGUCUGGAGAAUUCGUUGAAGCCAAUCUAUGAGCGUCUGGAUCAGAUUGCUAAAAUUGAGAGAGAUUUUUCAAAGCUGAAACAACAGGAAGUUGAGUUCAAAUCGAAGUAAGUAAAGUAAAAUACCUAAUGCUACAUAACAUGAUCAAAAUUUUCAGUUGCCAAAAACGAAACCGUACCAAAAUCGGAAUGCGUAAAAUUUUGAUUUUAUUUUGCAAAAAUUGGUUCUAAGAAUGUCCUUAUGUUAUUGUUUUUCCUUUGCCUGAUCAAAAGUUUUCUAACUAACAAGCUGGCUGCCUGAACCUGUGUCAUUUAAAUGCUCAAAGUAUUUGUGCUCGUCGAUUAAUUAAGCGUUGUUUUCCUAACAGUAAAGUUGGUUUAACAUGCGUUUUUUUCCUGUUCGGAUGCGCCACUGCGACCAGCGUUUAGAUCUAUUGUGGCAUUACCCGUAUCCUUAGUGUAUAGUGCAUGUCGCAUUACUCCAUUUCCAUUGAUAGGUAAUAAAGCAUCGAUUU